GGUGGCUGGGUUUGGGGUAGAGCGAGGUAGGCAGGCAGACGAGGGCGUCGAGAGCCAUGAGGGAGCAUGAGAGAUGAGGAGCGCGGCUGGCGAGGCGCGCCGCCGUCGCCACCGCCACCGUCGUCUCAGCCAGACGGGAUGACCAGCGAAGCCGCCCUAGACUCGGACUGUUCCAUCAGCUGGGAGGAUUUUAUCGGCACCACGACGGACCUCGUGCCGCAGCUGCUGGGAAUGUUCGACGAGAUAGCGCGCGGCAAGGGCGACGAGGAGCCUCAGUUUGUGCCGUCCGGGCUGCAGAAGCGGCUCAGUCUCGUGCAGAAGAGGAGGUCAAGGGUGUGCGAGAUGCCGCGCGUGACCGUAGGUGAGAUGGACGAGGGGCCGGUCCUCGAAGCGCGGCUCGUCACCAGCCCCGCCGACGACGAAGAGGACCACGAGGACAAGGACAGUCCCACUCAACUCAGGUACGGCGCCCAGCGGUGCCACGGCCGCCAGUCCACCGGGAGGCCCCUGUCCGGGAGUUCGAUUGCCUCGAGCACCUCCUCCAGCGGAUGCAGCAACCAGGGGAACGCCAGCGGUGCCGCCAAUCCAUACUUGGCCUCGGUCGAAUCGCUCGCCGACACUUGCGCCAGUUCUCAAGGCUCGGGCGACAGUGGCGUGGUGACGAUUUCCGAGUCGAGUGGUGGUGGCGGAGGCGGCGGCGGUGGCGGCGGCGGUGGCAGCAGUGGCGUCGGCGGAGGUGUCGCCGGUGACGGUGACGGUGAAGGUGACGGUGAAGGUGACGGUGACGUCGACGGCGAUGGUGGUAGCGCUGGCAAUGGAGUCAAUGGCGCCGUUGGCGGGGUAGGCAACGUUGGCAUCGGGGACACGAGCCCAGGAUGCGCGGGCGUCGGCCCCGACGAGAUCCGGCUCUCGGCCCGGGACCGGCUGAGCGCUGGCCGCUACUGCGAUGAGCGCAGGCUGCGCUACUGCGACCCCCAGAGGAAUCCCGUCGAGAGGGUCCUGCUGGAGAUUGCCGACACCGAGGCCAUUUACGUCGAGCAUCUCCGACAAGUCAUUCAGGGUUAUUUAAUUUUCUGGAGGGAUGAUCCCGCGUCGUUAAUUCGGGAUUUGGAGCUCAACGGAUUAUUUAGUAAUAUUGAAGAUAUUUUCGAAUUUAAUCGGAACUUCCUAUCAUCGCUGGAUAAUAGUGGACUCGAUGCAAUAGCGGUUGCGAACACUUUUAUAGAGCACAAUUCUGGAUUUAAAGUAUACACGGAGUAUUGCACAAAUUACCCAAGGACCGUUUCGAUAUUAACGGAAUUGAUGGGCCAAGAAGAGAUCGCCCGAGCAUUCAGGGAGAGGCAGGCAGCGCUCGGCCACGCUCUCCCACUAGGCUCCUUCCUCUUGAAGCCAGUGCAGCGGAUUCUUAAAUACCAUCUCCUUCUAGAGAAUUUGUCGAAGGAGUUCGCAGCGGGCUCGGCGGGCCCGGAGGGUCGAGCCGCGAUCGAGGGCGCGCUCGAGGCGAUGACGGGCAUCGCCAGGCACAUAAACGCGAUGAAGCGCAAGCACGAGCACGCGGUCCGUGUCCAGGAGAUACAGUCGCUGCUGUACGGCUGGUCCGGGCCGGACCUCACCACCAGCGGCGAGCUCAUCGCCGAGGGCAGCUUCAGAAUGCGCGGCGCCAAGGCUCCGAGGCACGCUUUCCUCUUCGACCGUAUGCUCCUUCUGACGAAGAAGAGGGAGGACAGUCUCCUCGUCUACAAGGCGCAUAUACUGUGUUCAAAUUUAACUUUAAUGGAAAGUAUUCCUGGUGAGCCACUCAGUUUUCAUGUGAUACCGUUCGAUAAUUCGCACCUUCAGUAUAAGUUACAGGCUCGUGAUCUGGAACAAAAACGCGAAUGGACGUUACAAAUAAAAAGAGUGAUCUUAGAAAAUUAUAAUGCAGUGAUACCUUCGCACGCCCGCCAACUAGUACUUCAAAUUGGUCAAAAUAAGUCGGAAGACGAUACGUCGCUCGAACGAAAUUAUAAGAAGUCUUCGGACUAUUUUGACAGCAGAAAGGCGGACAGGGAGAGGCGACGAUCGGAAACGGGUCUUAGGCAAAAAUUGAAAAAGGGCAGAAAAAGCGAUGUUUCCAUAAGUACAGCCGAGAAUUCGCCAAUGUGUCCUCGUAAGAACCAAUCGGCAGAAUCAAUCAGUCAUUUUGGAUCAAGGGACGAAAAUCUUAAUCGGAGCUCGGAAAUUCGAGGAUCAAAGAUAAAGGAUCGCUUUACUAGUUGGCGGAGGAAAUCCGAGCCAGGUUUUCAGUCUUAUAUAAAAUUGAGUCCGUCCGACAUCGAGGAUGACGUUACGGACGUGGCCAACGAGAGCGCGACCCCCAGCGUAGAUCCGGGGAACGAGGUGUCGAAGAGCCUCGGAAAGGUCGAGGGGUGCGUCCCGGAGCCGUGCGCCGCCUCCACGCCGAGAAUCAAAGAAGCCGAGGGCGACGUUUCCCGUGCGAGCCUGACGGCACAGCAGAGCGUCGAAGAGAUCGUCGGCAACAUUCUUAUGCAGAACCACGAGUUCCAGAGACGCCUGGAGAAGCACCAGGCGCAGCAGCAUCAACACCAGCAGCAGUUACUGCUGCAGCUGCAGCAGCGCAAAUCCGGCAGACGUCGGCGCUUCAUCAAAGCCACGGCUAUGGACAGCACUGAGGAGGAAGACAAUGAUAACGAGGACACGGAGGAGGAGGAGGUGGGUGCGGCGAAGACGAGCAGGUCGACGCGUUUUACGCGGCGCGAGCAGUGCUUCGUACGGGCGGUUAACGCCUACAAUCAACGAAGUUUCCGCUCGCAGUACGACAGCUUCCGGAACAUCGAUGCCGGGGAGGCGCUCGUGGUCGCGCACAGACAGAGUCCUGGGCUCGGGUCGAAGGCGAGGCCGAGAGCCCCGGCAGCGAGCCGCGGCUCUGGCAACGACAAGCGCUCGACGCCCGAGAACUUCCGCAAGCCGAACAUCGGCAACGAGAGCAAAGUCAUUAGGACGGCCCUGCGUAUUCGCGAGAGCUGCGAUUCGGCCUCGGAGCGCGACGAGCCCGAGGAACCCAUUUACGAGACGCCGGCGAUCCUGAAGAAGAGCGAAUUCGUCACCGAUGAUAAAGGCAAUUUCGGCAACUACGACAAUCUGCAGCACGUGUGGGAGGGUUGCCUGGGUGCGGACGGCGACGCCGGCGUUCAGGACAGCCCGACGAAACCGGCCGUCUGGCUGACUAAGCUCUGCGAGGGUCUACCCGAUCAGCCGCAAAAGUGCGGCUCCCUGCCACGCAGCUUCCAAAUGAUGCAUCCGGCGGACCUUAGUCACGUCUCCAAGUCCAGAUUUCUGCAGCGCGACGGCAGAUCAAUGACCGAGCGUCCCUUCACCAUCGCCUCGGACAAGCCCGCGGAGAUCAAUCUCGAGGACAUGGAGCGCUACGCCUCCACCUGCCAGGGUUCUGCCCGCAUAGCCAAGUUUCCCAUUACCGGGGCCUCCUCCGUCUUCGCCUCGUCCUCGACGUUUUUCUGCUCCCUCGAUGACGCCUCCUUCACCGACACGGACUCGAUCGCAAGGAGGACCACCACCGCUACUCUCUCCGCGAACAGCCACGUACAUCCCGAUCACAAGAUUUACAGGGCCAACGGCUCCACCAAUAAGGUUUCAGAGCUGGGAAGCGGCAUAAUCGGCGGCUUCUCGGGCUCGAGCCUCAGGAGCGCUCUGCUCCGGGCGAGCAGUCGACUUCAACAGGGUCUGCGCUCGAGCCACAGUACGGAGGCCCUCGAGUGCGGCCGGGCAGAGGGAGAGUCAUCAUCGGGGCGCGGGUUUGGGAAGCGCGCGAGGCAGCGGAGGCUCGGCCUCGGUGAUUAUUGGCGACCGUAUCACAGGCAGGGUAGCCCGGGCCUCGGGGCGCGCAUCGCUCAGGCGGAUUACGCGGACCCGGCGGCGUUGCUGCUCGCGGCUGAGGGCCGUCGCCGGGCCGAGGAGGCCGACGACGAGGAUGCCGAGGCCGAAGAGGCCCUCGAGGCCGCGGACGCUGGGAGCUUCUACGAGGGCGAGGACGGGUUCAGAGACAGUGCGAUAUUCAGCGACGGGGAUGAACAGCCGAGCCGCGUAGCGAUCGUCGGCCCGAGCUUGGCCGUAGCCUCGGCGAAGCGCAGGGCGCGACGUUCGCCGGACAAGCCGGCCCUCGCUCAGAAGCCGGCCCAUCUGAAGCUGCGUGCGAGGAUCGUGAAGUGUCGGGGUCCGAGAAUCGCCGACGAGCCCGAGGCCGACAUCUCAGCGGGCCAGAGCCAGGUCGGCUGGGUGAAGAAGAUGGUUGGCCAGCUGCAAGCUCAGGUCGACGCGUGACCAAGCAGGGGGCCACCGGCUUUGUGUCUCCUGCCAAAAACACUAAGACUGAUUCGACUAUUCGUGUUGGGGAGAGGGGCCUGCGGGCAGGGAAAAGAGGUCGUUUG